AUCAAAUGCCCGGACUUGAGAGGAUUCUGAAUGGUGUCAUCAGGUUCCGGCAGACGGUUCGCAAGGAUUUGGUGAAACAAUUCGAGCGAAUUCGUGAUAAUCCUCACCCGACAGCGGUUUUCUUCACUUGUAUGGAUUCUAGAAUGCUGCCGGCAAGAAUCACAUCGAGUCAAGUUGGAGACAUGUUCGUCGUGAGAAACUCUGGAAAUAUGAUUCCCCAUGCGAAUAAUUAUGGUCCCUCUGGCUAUGAGGUCUCUGUAACAACUGAACCAGCGGCACUCGAGUUGGCAGUAAAACGUGGAAAAAUCAAUCAUGUAAUUGUGUGUGGACAUUCGGAUUGUAAAGCAAUCAAUACUUUAUAUAAUCUUCAUAAAUGUCCAAAAUCAUUUGAUCCAGAAUCACCAAUGGAUCAUUGGCUCCGGCGGCAUGGAUUUAAUUCGAUUAGGAAAUUGGAAAAACGACUGGCCGACAAGAAUGCGGGCCCGAUUGAGUUUGUCAGUGAUAAUCCGUUGUUCUCAUUCUCGGCAGUAAUUGACCCGGAAGACAAGCUGAAUGUCGAGGAUAAGCUCUCACAAAUUAAUACACUUCAACAAUUGGAAAAUGUGGCCAGUCAUGGAUUUUUGAAGGAAUUCCUCGUGUCUCAAACUGUCGAUCUUCAUGCGAUGUGGUUCGAUAUUUACACUGGAGAAAUGCACAUGUUCAGCAAACCCAACAAACAAUUCGUUCUGGUCGAUGAAUCGAAUGUCGAAGAAUUGAUUGAUGAGGUCGAAAAGCAUCAGACUUAAUUAUUAUUAUAUUGCAUUUAUUUUAAUUUUUAGAUUUUUGUGUAAAUAUUCCCCCAUUUUGCCAUACUAUUUCUUGAGAUUGCAUUUAAUUUCCAAUUUGCCCCGCAUUUGCCAUAGUCAUAAAGUCAUUUACUUUUUUU